GCAUCAGAUCUGAACCCCAUGCCCACGGAGGAGAUGGUCCAGAUGUUCAACGAGCUGCGCAGCGACCUGGUUCUGCUGUACGAGCUGAAGCAGGCUCACAGCAACUGUGAGUACGAGCAGCAGAUGCUGCGGCACCGCUACGAGGCGCUGCUGAAGGCCGGCGGAGGAGGAGGGGGAGGCUUUGGAGGGUCUUUAGGAUCUUUGGGGUCUUUUGGGUCUUUGGGAGCUCUACCAGCCUCCCUAACACAAGGGGGAGAACUCAGCGCCUCCAACAGCACCACAGCAUCCACCCCGGGGGGCGAGGCUCCGUCCUGGCCCUGUACCGACGACAUCAAGCUGGAGGCCAAGGAGCAGAUCAUCGAUGUUGUCGGAGCACCGCUUACCCCCAACUCACGCAAACGGAGAGAGUCGGCGUCCAGCUCGUCUUCAGUGAAGAAGGUGAAGAAGCCUUGAUGAGCAGCAGCUGGGACAGGGUGCAGGACGUGAGUUACUCUGAUCACAGUGGUGACAAGUGUAAAGGUUGGACAUCAGGGACACGGGGGAGCUCGCACCACUGACUCUACACACACGACUUUUCACCGACCGGCGAUAUACUCUCCGUCUGCCCCGCGUCUUUGUGCCAAAGACAACAACUGAGUGACAUUUCAUUCCAUUACUGCGCGUCUCCCUGGCUCCACCGCGGCUCCGCUUCAGACGAGGCAACAUCAACUGUAAAUUGCCAGGCCGAGCUAAUCGGGACGCGGGGAAGAAGCUGGGAAUGACGGGGUAAUUGAAAUGAAUUGGAAAGAAAGAAGAGACUCUGGGAGUGGGAGGACCUCGAGCCGCAUCGGACCCAUCUGAGGUUUUUUUUUGGAGCCUAAUCAUGUCGUAGUGUUUACUGGAAAUGUGUUUUUGUGUUAGCCUUUAGUACCUUCCCAGAGUGCACCUCUCUCUCUCUGGAGGGCUCCAUAUGCAGCCCGUGGAGCGAGUGUCCUCAGGUGACCUUGAAGAUGCUUCAGUCAAUGAUUCAAUAAACCUCAUUGUUUUUUUUCCUC